AUGAGUGUUUUAAGACGUUUUAAGGCUACAGAUUUAUUUAAAGUCAAUAAUAUAAAUUUGGAUGUUUUAACUGAAACGUAUAAUAUUACCUUUUAUCUUUCAUAUUUAUCAAGAUGGCCAGAUCUUUUUUGUUUGCAAGAGUCAUCAAAUGGGAUAAUAAUGGGAUAUGCAGAAGGAAGAGGUAAAGAAUGGCAUGGACAUGUAACUGCCAUUACUGUUGCACCAGAGUAUAGACGAAUAGGAUUGGCUGAUAGAAUGAUGCAAUUGCUGGAAAAUGUUUCAGAAAAUGUGUAUAAUGGAUAUUUCGUAGAUUUAUUUGUUCGUGUUUCAAAUAUUAUUGCAGUUGGAAUGUACAGAAAAUUUGGAUAUACAGUUUAUCGACGUGUUACUGGUUAUUAUUCUUCUGGUGAUAAUAGUGAAGAAGAUGCAUAUGAUAUGAGAAAACCAUUGAAAAGGGAUGUAAACAGAGAAAGUGUAGUUGAAAAUGGAGAAUUGAAUUAUGUCAGACCCGAAGAUUUAUAA